CUCAUCAGAGUUUUCAUUAACUAUAGUCUUGAUUUCCAAUACUUAACCCAUUGAAACAUGGCUAGCGGCAGAAGAUCUUCGGUUGCAGAGCAGAAUGCUGUGAUCCGCGAUCGAUCUCAGUCUGUUGCCCAACUCGUCUCUCAACAGGAGAGCUGGCUUGAGAAGAAGUUGAAGCCGAAGAAGAUCAAUGCCAGAUACCCUAUCAAAGGCGCUGCUUUGCUCUAUGCGACGUGCGCCUUUGGGAGUCUCGGGGACGCAUUAUUUGGAUACAACUCGGGAAUUAUGGCGGGUCUUUUAGUCAACCCAGUCUUCGUUGCUCGCUUCUUCAAGGACUAUGGUGGUGCUGACGGCACUACAUCUGUGUUAGGAAUACUUUCCCAAUACCGACUAGCUUCACUAAUGUAAGCCACUUCGGAAGGGUUUAGCUUCCUAGAGCAGAGGAACAAUGUAUAACAAGAGCUUAUUAUGGAAGGAAUAUAAUAAGAUAGUUAUGUUUAUGACUUAGAAUAGUCUGAGC